ACGCUCCUCUAAAAACCAUUCGUGGAAGCGCACCGCUGCAAAAAUGCACGUUAGCCAUAGUCACGGUUUGUGGAUAAACAUUGCCUGGUAGACGGGGAGGGAGCGCCCACGCGCCCGCCUCGUCCCAUGCUUUGCCUUAGCUAGUUGUUUAUCUAGCAUGGAGCGAUACGAUGGCCGUGGGUGUGACACGGAGCGUGCACCUCCGUUGCCAGUCUUGGGAACCUCAAGCCGCUGAGGGAGAGCAAGGCAGGGCGUCUUCAUGAAAGUCGUAAGUGGAAUCGGGUGGCCAUGGACGCAUUCAGCCAGCUUAUCUUCACCAUCUCGGUGACCAGCUUCUUCACCUUCCAGUGGCUCUUUCACAAAGUCAGCCCGUGGAUGUCGACGCGCAUCAGCCCGGGUUUCCUGGGCCUCAGCGACAAGCAGAAGGUGGAAUGGAACUCAAGGACAGUCUCUACUCUUCACGCUCUGGUCGUGGGAAUCUUCUGUCUUUACAUCUUGUUCUUCGAUGAAGCCGUCAACAAAGACCCAGUCUGGGGAGAUCCUACUCUAGUUAAGACUAAUGUUGCCAUUACAACAGGCUACCUCAUAUCUGAUCUGUUGCUAAUAUUUUACUACUGGAGGGCCAUAGGAGACAAGUUUUUUGUAGUGCACCAUCUGGCAGCGUUGUAUGCUUACUACUAUGUACUGGGCCAAGGCAUGUUGCCUUAUUUUGCUAACUUCCGCCUGCUCGCCGAGUUUUCGACGCCAUGCGUGAACCAGCGCUGGUUCUUUGAAGUUCUAGGUUACCCGAGAACCUCUCGACCCAACAUGGCGAACGGCAUGGCCAUGGCUCUGGUCUUUUUUAUGGUGCGCGUGGCCGUCAUGCCCGUCUACUACGGCCGCAUGUACUCGGUCUACGGCACCGAGGCGUUUUACCUGGUGCCCUACGGCGGACGCCUAGCGUGGAUCUGCUCCAGCAUCUGCUUGGACAUCAUGAACAUCAUGUGGAUGCACAAGAUCGCCCGCGGCUGCUUCAAAGUGUUGCAGUCGGCACGUCGGAGCAAAGCAGGCAGACCUCACGAGAACGGGAAAGCCGACUAAAGGUGCAAUGUAAAUGAGUCAACUGGGAGCGAAUGUAACGAGGAAAAGAGCUGGCACAGGAACACCUGAUGGCCUAUCUUCAAGCCAUGAAAUGACCUCUGAGCAAUACUCGUGUUGCUUUUAUUUUUUUUAACAGGAACAAUUUACCACUUUUGUGGACUACAGAGCCUAAGCGGAAAUCGUUUACUAAUCACGCACAUGCACUGGUCUGACAGAACUCAUACUGAUGGAAAUCCUCAUCAAUGGACAGUGCCAUUGAAUCCUUAAAGAAGGUUCAACCUCCUUUUUUGUUUUUGUUUUAAUGAAUCACACCUCUUUUCGUCAUAUCACUCUCCAGGAACACAAAGUAAGAAGAAUACUGUAUAGAUCACUAAGCUAGCGUUAUUGCUAUUGAUGGUAGCUUUGCAUGUACUGCAAAAGCAGUAUUUAUGUUAUUCCUGUUUUUUUUUUUUUUUUUUUUAAAUGGAAUAGAUUUCUUCGGCACGCCACUUAGACCAAAACAUCUGGCCCAUUGACACCGAUCAGAUAUCGAAAUGACUGGAAUUAUUGUGCGACGAAGAAAAUCUUUCAAAUGACCCCCCAAAAAAUUACCGUUAGCGCCAAAACGUGUGUUUUUUUGUUUGUUUUUUGUUGGUUUUUUUUUUUUGAAGGGAAAAAAAAAUCGAAAUGUGUUUAGUAGGGCUGCAACUAACGAUUAUUUUCACAAUCGAUUAAUCGGACAAUUAAUUUAACGAUUAAUCUUUUCAUUGGAUAAAUGUCACUUCUUUCAAUGACCUUCAUAAUUUACCUUAAAGUUCUUCUAGGCAUGUUGUAAUUAACAAUGAAGAUAAAAUGGAUGACUAUGUCCUUCAAAAUUAAUAUUUUAUUAGCGCUUCCUGACUUGACUAGUCUACAACUGUAUCUAUUAUCAAAUUAACUGGCAAAUAAUUUAUUAAUGGAUUUAAACGAUUAGUUGUUCCAGCCUUAUUGAGAAGCUAGUUCAGACCGUAAGAUGUCCGAAAAUUGGCAAAAAUGUGAUUUGUUGUUUUCAAAAAUAAAAGUAGAUUUUUGUUCACGUCCUACUUUGACUUAAAAAUAGAUUUCAAGAAUUUAGACAAGUUUAAGGUGAAGAAGGUCCUAAAUCAGGGAUCCCCAAACUACGGCCCGCAGGGCAGAUACGGCCCGCCUCCACAUUUGGUCCGGCCCCCUGAACAAUUAAAAAAAAUUUUUUUUUUUACUUGUGUUAUUUAUUUUAUGGCUUUUUCUGUGAAGAACCUAGAGAGGGUUAUUUGGUUAUUAAUUAUUUGAUUGAUAGUGUUAUAAUAUAGUAAUAUAAUAUAAUAUUACAUUACAUUAUAUUAUAUUUAGGGCUGUCAAACGAUUAAAAUUUUUAAUCGAGUUGAUCACAGCUUAAAAAAAAAAUUAAUCAUAAUUAAUCACAAUUCAAACCAUCUAUAAAAUAUGCCAUAUUUUUCUAUAAAUUAUUGUUGGAAUGGAAAGAUAAGACACAAGACGGAUAUAUACAUUCAACAUACUGUACAUAUGUACUGUAUUUGUUUAUUAUAAAAUAAAUCAACAAGAUGGCAUUAACAUUAUUAACAUUCUGUUAAAGCGAUUCAUGGAUAGAAAGACUUGUAGUUCUUAAAAGAAAAAUGUUAGUACAAGUUAUAGAAAUUUUAUAUUAAAUUUAAUAAAUUUUUUUGUUUUAAUAAAAUUUGUAAAAUUUUCAAACAAAAAAUAAACUAGUAGCUCACCAUUGUUGAUGUCAAUAAUUACACAAUGCUCAUGGUGCUGAAACCCAUAAAAUCAGUCGCACCCAAGCGCCAGCAGAGGGCGACAAAACACCAAAAAACACAAGUAACAAAUGGACAUGACACUGUGCUGUCAUUUUAAUCUGAGCGGGGCAUGUGCGUUAAAUGUGUCAAAUAUUUUAACGUGAUUAAUUUAAAAAAUUAAUUACCGCCCGUUAACGCAAUAAUUUUGACAGCCCUAGUUAUAUUAUAUUUUAUUAUAUUAUAUUUUUUUAAUUAUAAUUUUUAUUUUAUUUACUUUUGUUCUGUGAAGAAUCCAGCAAGGGUUAUUUGAUUGUCGCUUUCUGAAAAACAAUAAAUUUUUACAUUUAGGCACUCCUGCAAUCGUCACACUUUUUUUGUUAAAAACUGAACCUGGCCCCUCAUCAGAGAAGGGAAAAGUUAUGUGGCCCUCACAGGAAAAAGUUUGGGGACCCCUGUCUAAAUGAUUAAUUGGUUAUUAAAAUAGUUGGUGAUUAAUUUGCUAAUCGAUAAAUUGUCGAUUAAUCGAUUAGUUGUUGCACCUCUAGUAUCUAGUCACAAUCAGAUUUUGACAAAAGCAUAUGGUUCCCCCCAAAAAUUUGUCGUUCCAUUUCUACUGGCCAAAAUUUCCCCUACAUUUUCAGUGGGAGAAAAACUUGGAUGGUUGUGAUUUUUGACCAAAAACUUGGCGUCCAAGUAAGUCGAUGCCAUUGACAGCCAUGCACGUCCGUGCUAUUGACAGCCAUGUACAUCCCCGCCAAUGACGGCCAUACAUGUCAAUGCCAUUGACAGCCAUGUAUGUCGAUUCUAUUGAUGCCAAUGUACUUGGAUUCGAUUGACAACUAGAAACUGCAAUUUCUGGAGGGAUUGCGACUGAGCGUUGCCGUGGUAGAUACAGAUCUAAAACCUGCCCAGUUGGUCUAGGGGUGUUUUGGAGUCACAUCCUGUUCAUUUUAGGGUCACUUUCUGUUGAUUUGGGGACAUUUCAAGCACACAACCUAUUGAUAUCAAGUCAGUUCCCGUUGAUAAGGGGAUUUGGGCAAUUUGGGGACAUGUCCUGUUGAUAUCAGGUUACUACUUCUACUUGAUUUGGGUGACAUUUCAGUGACACGUCAUGUUGCAUGGCUGUCAAUGGCAUCACUGUACUUCGUCACCAGUUGAAUGUCAGUGGGCUGUAAUGGUAGGUUUUUGAUAAAAAAUCACAACCACACAGUUUUUUUUGCCAUUGAAAAUGACUGGGUUAUUUGGACGUACAUAGCCGUCAACGGCAUGGACAUGCGUGGUUGUCAAUUUCAUCGACUUACUUGCGCUCCAGUUGAAUGUCAAUGGGCUGUCAUGGUAAAUGGUCCGAAAUCACAAUGACCUAUGUUUUCCUGCCAUUGAAAAUGAAUGGGAAAUUUGGACGUACAUAGCCGUCAGUGGCAUCCCGUUUGAAAUGAAUGGGAAAGUUUAUGGCGAAUUUUGGGGGAACCGUGCGUUUUUGCCAAAUUAUUACCGUCCUGAAUUUUUUGCAGGGCAAAGCCCCAUCUAAAGUCGAUGCCAUUGACGGCCAUGUGCGUCAAAAUAUCAACAGGAUGUAACCAUAUAAUGUGUCCAAAUUAAUUGGAAGUGACCUGAUAUCAACAGGAAAUUACCUGAAAUUAAAACGAAGUGAGACCCCAAGGGUUUAACCCGCGAAAGCAAAGCUACCAUUGCAGUUUCUCCAGAAAUUGCAUUUUCUAGUUUAAGAGGUUGUUAAUAGAGUAGCCUUUUCAUCCUGAAAAAUUAUGUUGCCUUGCUGGAUAACCAGGCUUUUUUUUUUUUUUUUUUUUUUUUUAAACAUACAGUGUAUAAAGGCUACGGAG